ACACACACACACAGACACAGAGUGGAGCGCGCGCGCACGCACGCGGACACGCUCGCAGCCCAGCGGACGGGAAGCAGCGCAUCCCCGGAGGCACGAGACGUCGUUCGCGAGCGCAGCGCCGUUCCGUCCGCGAAGCGUCCGCGCGCGACAUGUAACAUAAAGCGCCGUUUCCCAGGUGUUUCGUUAGGAAAAAAUAAUACUAAUAAUAAAAAAAAAAACAGGAGUCCAGACAGCGCGAUCCGGAGGAGGACACACAGUGACACACACACACACACAGCACUGCCGGCUCGGAGCGCUUUCAGGAGUGUGUGUGUGGGGGGGGUGUGUGUGUUUAGCGCGUCUCGCCGCGUCCCGACCGCCGCAGCCCCGCAGCCAUGUCAGAGUACAGCAACCUUCUCAGUGACCUGUCGGAGAACAUCACCAAAGAGGACCUAGACCAGCUCAAAUCUGCCUGCAAGGAGGACAUCCCUGAGGACCAGAGCAAUGCCAUCACCACUUCCUCUGAGUGGUUCAGCUACUUGGAGAAGAACGAGAAGUUGGCUCAUGACAACCUGUCUUACAUCGAGCACAUCUUCGAAAUCUCGCGGCGCCCCGACCUGUUAACGCGUGUCAUUGAGUACCGGACCACCGUACUCAAGAUCUCCGAGGAUGAGGAGAUUGACACCAAGCUCACCCGCAUUCCCUCUGCCAAGAAGUACAAAGACAUCAUUCGCCAGCCAUCGGAAGAUGAGAUCAUCAAACUGGCCCCUCCACCGAAGAAGGCCGUGUGAAGGCCUAGUUCUACAGCAGUGUAUCGCACCCGAUCACCAUAGCCCCGCCGCCUUCCACCCCGCCCCCGGUGCCGCUCCCUGCCUCCACUAACACGCCGUAGUGGCACUAACAGCCGCCGCCCAACCAGCCCAUCAGAUUUUCGACUAGCGACCCUUCUAUGGACCCAAAAGAAGAAUGGUUUGACCAAGGGAGAGGAACAGAGGAAAACCACUUCCAAGCCCCUGUGCCUGUGGACUUCCAUCACACACCAUCAGCAAAGACGCGUGUGUUUGUGUAUGUGUGUGCAUGCGUGAACCCAGGAGUAAUUGCCUAAAUAUAUAUCAUAGCAAUGUGCUGAAACAUUAAAAAUGCAUCUGGCAAAGUCACGUAACAUCGUGACAUGGGUGACCUUCUGUCGGCGACCCCUGCCGCGGAGCCGAGGGGCUCCUGCCUCGUGUUUCCGAGAGCGUGGGAUCGGUGUGUCGAGCUGCUUUUUCGUGUGUUAUACAUUUUAUUCCCACUGACACAACUGAUGUGGCCAUCUGUUUAAACACACAGUCCCCGCAGAUUAAAAGUCAAACGCAAAAUCAAACGUGUUUCACUUUAACGUUUAAAACCGAUAUUUGCCUUUAUUGGGGUAUAACCAUCCCAAACUGUAAAAUCCUUUAUUAUGCUGACUUGGUAUGGCUGAAUAUGACAUAACUGGGUGAAUAUCAUGAACUAAGAGGAAUAACCAUUAUAACCUAAAUAAUAUUAACAUACUGUAAUGCUUUAUAAUAUAUGAAUUACCCGAUAUAUCAACUGUUGACUGUGACAUGAAUACUUUAAAUGCAUAUUGUUUUGCACAGUUAACAAGCUGGAAUGUAAAGUGUUUUUCUCAGCUUGUACGAUUCCACAUUUUGUGUUACGCUGCCAUCGCCGCCCUAAAGUGGACCUCAACCACUUUUUAAUCUACUUUACUUUAAAAUCCAGGCUAUAAAGAAACAGUGCGAAAACGAUUCUUUUCAUAAUAUAUUGAAAUAUUUCGCAGUGCACCCAUGUUCCUUUAAAAUGAAUAUGUUCAAUAGGAGUAAAAUUCUGAGAUUUAUUUUUUAAAAAUGUUUCAAGGGGAAAGACGUUUAUCUGCUUUCUUUAACUCGAUUCAGAGCAAGGCAAAUAUAUGGACGCAUAUGAACAUGCGUUCCUCCCGGGGGCUCAUGCCAAGAAAGUGGAGAUUUAAGAGCAGACGUGCUAUUGGUCCGUUGAGAAAAAUAUUUUUUGGCCGUAUCUUGUAAUGAUGAAGUUCAGCUGGGAAGUGCACACUAGAGCAGAUGUGAGAUAGAAAAAAAAUAUACGCACUGUGUAUCGGUGGGGAUUUUCUUCCUGUUCUGAACGUGUAAAUAUAGUGUUUCUGCCACAACUUAGCCAUUAGUACCCUGUCCUUUUGGGAAGAGGCUGUGUGAGCCGGGAUUCAGCAAGGAGCUGCACUUUCUGACCGACCCUCUGUUAGUACACUGAUGCAUCGUAGCCAGACUGUUGAAUAAAACACUCGAUCACUGUGUCUUUAGCACGCGAUGAAGCCUUAACAGAUUUACCUGUUCACCCAGCCCCCCCCCACCAACCCAGCUGCCGCACCUGGUGCCAAGGAUCCAGUCUUGGACUUUGAUUUUCAUUUUCUGCUCUGAGAUCACAGUUGUGCUUCUUGCAUUUAUUGCUGCAGAGGGGACUGUCAGCAGCUCCACCCUCUAUGCAUUGCGGUCCGUGCCAGGCGGAUUACCGCGGUGUCUGGUGUCCCACGCAUGCCUGCUGCUGUCCGUUUUACGGUUCUCGCUCUCGUACUUCGAGAACUGGGGGGGGGGAAGAAAAACAAAAAAAAUCUGCAGGCAAAACCACGGGUGCCAUAUUUCUCUGCCCACCGAGCUUCUUUACCCCAUUUUGUACCAUUUUACCUUAUUCUGGUGGGUUUUUGUACAUUCAAACCGCAGCAGAGCUAAAUUAUAUAAAUUCUCCACAGAAAUGGCUCUGAUGGCUGAACAUGGUGACGGUAGGCAGGUGGAAAGGUGCAUCCUGCCGUGAUGUGGUUCACGUGUGACUGCAUGGUUCAUGUGUGACCGCAUGCUUGGUUCUACAGAGGCGUGUGAUGUCCCACAAGUCCGUUCAGGGUAGAGCGCUUCCCCUUUGCUUUCCUUUACCCUGGUCGAUGGGGACGUGCGCGUUGGCUUGUUCCACGUAUUUAUUUUCAUUGAGUGUAAAGGAUUUCUAAUUGUGUCAUUUUCUAUUUUUGUGCAGCGGUGGUCUUAAAAUCUUCAGCGCUCAGUUGAAGGACAAACGUAUUUUUAGGAGCCUAAGCUUAGGUCGUCGUGAGGUCGACAGUGGAGGUGUUCUUGUCUUCUAAGGUGUUUGUAAGUGUCAGAUCUGUGGAGUUUGAUGUUUGUGCCGAAGUGAUAGAUAUUUUCUUGCACUAAAAUCUGCCCAGUGGAUGUAUGUUCGACAGCACUGUGUCAUACCUUGUAGUUACGUAGAUUUAGGAGACGAAACGCACACGUUUGUUACAGGUGAUCAGGGUUAGACUCGAACGUUAAGGCAGCGUAAUACUGCGUUCAAACCGUGUGUCCUAAUACAGGUCAAACAUUAGAGGUUAGAAAAAAAUUUAAAUUCUGGAAAAAUUUUGUAGUCCGCUGUAGUCGGUGAGAUUAGACGUAACUUGAAGGACCGAGGACUUUGACUGUAAUAUUGAGUUGUUUUUAUGAGUUGAGCACGUUGAGAAUCUGUAACAUCUUGAUUUUCUGUAUUUUGUCAACCGACGAGCUCUAAACAAAUUUGUUAUCCGCUUAAACAUUUCCAGCGUUACAACAUAUCACUUUUUUAAUCUUAUAUCAUUGGUAACUGAAGGCCCAUUACACUCAUAAACCAGAAUUGCAGGUUUUGUUUGUUUUUGUCUGAAGAAAACCCACCGUAGUUGUAUGUUUUUGCUUUUUAUUUAGCUGUACGUACUGUGACUUUUUUUUCCUGUGUGUUUUGUUAUUGACUCGUUUAUUUAAUGCAAGUAUGUUUUGAUAUCGUGCAUAUGAAGUCGUAACUGGACACAAAUUACGGGGACAAAGAAAAAAAAUGCGAGACAUAAUCCUAGAAAAUUUAAACCAAUGUUGAAAACUUGUGAACUCGAGCUGGACAGUUGCUUUCAGGAUAUAUUGUAUCGAUACGCUGUAUUAGUUCCACUCGUUGCUUGAUGAGAUUGUGGUGAUAAAUUGCCUUGGAUCACAGCAAAUUCCAGUAAGUGUUUUUGAUGCAGUUUUUUUUUCUUUUUUAAAGUGUUUUGCAUGAGAAGAAGGAAAUAGUUUGGAAGGUUAUGAAGAACAGCCUGCUCAUCUAAAAUCCCCCAACACAUCUUCAUCAGAGUGUCAAAAUGGCCAUGAAUUUGUUUACACUGGGACUGGCGGUCCAUGGGUUGUGGGAAGUGUGAUUUUUACUGUGAUUGUCACUGUUGACUAGAAGGACAUGAAGCUGUGACAGGAGGUGGCACUUUAAUAGUUUGAUGGGUCAAGUUGCGUUCGUGUGAAUGUGCAUGAUGUGGGCGCAUCCCUCCGCAUACAUGAAUUUCAUCUGCGGUUAUUACCCCGGCAAUGGCCUCUAACUGGUGAAAGCUAGAGCCGAGGUGCGGCGAGACGACAGGUGGCAGUCGGCACGACUCAUCGCGUCCGGUCCAAUUGUUAAGAAUUGGCGACUGAGGAAUUCAAGAUACUGUGGAGACCUAAUAAAAGUCCCCGUGGAUACAGCUCGACUCCAAUGCCGUCUGAUCCCAGCAGGCGCGCCUCAUGGCGCCAGUUAUGUGCAGAAUACUGGAGAAAAGAGAGGGAAGAAAAACGAAUAAAUUAUCAUUGCGUAUUAAUAGGCGAGACGCGCGGCCCCGCCGCCGGAGGUCCGUGAUUUGAACGGUUGAGACUCCGAACUACUUAAAAUGCAAAUUAAAGUUUACAGCGAGCUUUCGUGCCAGACGGAUGUGCCAAGUCGCUUUAGUUGCAGAACUGCAAGUAUCACUUGAGCUAAUAAUACUAUUAGGUCUGCAGCUCUCCAAGGAAAAGGCCGGAGAAGCAGCACGAUAACCAGAGAGAUUUCAGUGUUUGUUUACUUAUGUAGAAUUAGUGUCUCGGUGUGGUUUGUGCUGCUCGUUGUGUCCCGCUCACCUCCAGCAGAUGCUCCGUGUCUUUCCCACGUGGGAAGGGUACCCAGGGUGUGGGCUUCUUCACUUAACACGCAAACUGAACCGCAUUUGCUAUUUCUACUAUUCACAGUUAUGGAGUUUUGGGUUUAAAUUAUGGCUGUAAAUGUUUGCCGUGACCGUAGACAGACGUAUGAGGUCAGCAAAGGCGUUUAGAGGGUUAGAUUAUGGAUUAUUGAGAAUUAGAUGAUAGAUUAUAGAGGGUUAGAUGAAAUAUUAAUGAGGGUUAGAUUAUGGAUUUUUGAGGGUUCGAUGAUUUUUUUAUCUUGCUCUGUAUGGAAACUGAGGCUUGGAAACUGAUAAGGUGGGUUUUUCACUGCAGCAGGUGUCUGUCAGUGCAAUGAAGGGAACGUGUAGACAAUGAGUCCUCAGUUAGAGAACCUGAAGGUGUUUGUCACAAAAUGCAAAAGUUAAAAUAUUUAACACACAGGGGAGGUAAAAAAAAAGUUCUGGAGCAGUUCCGGAAAUCCUUUCCUUUUCCCCAGAUUUAAACUAAGAGGAGAAAUGGACCUGUACGGCAGACUCUGGGUUCUUGCCAUUCUCUCAUUCCGAAUUUGUCCCUCUUUUCCUGCACGGUGGUCCCUGCUGAGGGUCCAGGUGGGACGUGAACACAGAGCGCUGCCUUUCCUUCUUAACUCCUUAAUGCAGAUAUGAGACAUUUCAUUCCUUGUCGCCCCUCACAGGUUGGACGUGGUAGCGGACAUCCUCUGCGUGUGUUAAUUUGUUUUUCCACUGGAGAAAAGAAAUAUAUAUUUUGCAUUGAUAGAAACUAGAAAAAUAAAUAUUGAGAACAGUUU